CCGCCGCCGCCGGCCCGGUGCCGGUGCCGGAGAGGGGUGGGAGGUGCGGGGCGUCUCUCGCCGCCUCCCCUCCCUCCCCAGCCGGCAACAUGGCCGCGGCCGCCCAGGACGAGCUCAAUCAGCUGGAGCGCGUGUUCUUACGUCUUGGCCAUGCAGAAACAGAUGAGCAGUUACAGAACAUUAUUUCCAAAUUCCUACCCCCUGUUCUCCUCAAGCUGUCCAGCACACAGGAAGGAGUUCGCAAAAAGGUCAUGGAGCUGCUGGUUCAUCUGAAUAAACGCAUCAAAAGUCGACCAAAAAUUCAGCUCCCAGUAGAGACACUGCUAGUUCAGUAUCAAGAUCCUUCUGCAGUGUCAUUUGUCACUAAUUUUACCAUAAUUUAUGUUAAGAUGGGAUACCCCCGUCUGCCUGUGGAAAAACAAUGUGAAUUGGCUCCAACCCUUCUCACUGCAAUGGAAGGGAAACCUCAGCCACAACAAGACAGCCUAAUGCAUCUUCUAAUACCAACCCUUUUUCACAUGAAAUACACUGCUGAACCAUUGAAAGCAGCAGCUUCUCCAUUUAAUCUUGCUGAAAAACCAAAGACUGUACAGCUGCUUUUGGACUUUAUGUUGGAUGUUCUUCUUAUGCCUUAUGGGUUUGUAUUGAAUGAAUCUCAAAGUCGACAAAAUGUACCCUCAGCCCAGGGGUCUUCAUCAAGUAGCGUGGGAGGUCCUGGAAUCCCUCAGCCACCUCCAGGGAUGAGCUUUUAUGCAGCCAAAAGGGUUAUUGGAGAUAGUCCAUGGACCCCAGAGCUGCUAGAACAGUGUAAGCUGGGGAUAGUGAAGUUCAUUGAGGCUGAGCAAGUGCCCGAACUUGAAGCUGUUAUACACCUGGUUGUAGCCUCCAGUGAUACAAGACACAGCGUUGCCACUGCAGCAGACCUUGAACUAAAGAGCAAGCAAAGUUUAAUUGACUGGAACAAUCCUGCUAUCAUCAACAAAAUGUAUAAAGUGUAUCUUGGGGAUAUACCACUGAAAACCAAGGAGGGAUCUGUGCUGAAACCAGAAAUGAAACGAGAGUCAGUCAGCACCCGUGUUAAAUUAAAGAUAGUUCCUCAUCUUCUACGAUCCCAGCAAGCUGCAGAAAUGUUCCCAGCUAACAUUCAGGUGGUGUAUGAUGGACUCUUCGGCGCAAACACAAAUGCAAAACUGAGAAGUCUGUCUUUGCAGUUUGUACAUCAUAUUUGUAUCAUUUGUCCAGAGAGUAAAAUAAAGCCCUUAGGUCCAAUGCUUUUAAAUGGACUUACAAAGCUGAUCAAUGAAUACAAAGAGGAUUCAAAACUGCUAUCAAUGGCAUAUUCAGCAGUUGGAAAGCUCUCCAGCCGAAUGCCUCAGCUCUUUACCAAGGAUAUAGCACUGGUACAGCAGUUUUUUGAAGCCCUAUGCAAGGAAGAUGCUGAUACUAGGCUUGCCAUUCAAGAGGCAUUGUCUAUGAUGGUUGGAGCAUAUAGUAACUUGGAAGGAGCCCAGCGUACCCUGAUGGAAGCUCUUGUAGCUUCUUAUUUAAUAAAGCCUGAAGUUCAAGUACGUCAAGUGGCUGUAAAAUUUGCUAGCACAGUGUUCCCUCCAGAUCAUAUCCCUUCCAGAUACUUACUCCUGUUAGCUGCAGGAGACCCGCGGGAGGAGGUACAUGGAGAAGCCCAGCGAGUACUGAGAACAUUUUCUGGAAAAAAUGAAAAGGAGAGUUCUGGGAAACAGAUGCCUUCCUUCCCUGAAAUGGUCCAUUACAUUCAAGACAAGGCCACUCACCGAAUGAAAACUCCAGCUAAAUAUAUGACUGGAACUGCAGCAUUACCUUUUAAUCCUGCCACAUUUGGAGAGAUAGUUCUCUAUCUGCGGAUGUGUCUUGCUCACAGUGCUGGUGUGGUGCCAACCUCACAGAGCUUGGCAGACAUGCAAGAUCAUGCUCCCGCCAUUGGACGUUACAUAAGAAACCUCAUGUCUGGCAACCACUUACCUUUCUCUUCCUCCUCCUCCUCUUCAAAAAGUGCAGAAACCAACCCUGUACAUAUAUAUAUUGGCCUUCUUCAGCAGCUCUUAGCUGGUGUUGGAGGUUUACCAGUCAUGUAUUGUCUUCUAGAAGUUGUUUCAGUGUAUCCAGAAAAACUAGCCGCCAGAUUUGUAGACAAAAUGGAUUGGAUUAAGAACUUGAUGAACACUAACAAAGAGGAAAUGCGUGAGCUUGCAGCCCUGUUUUAUUCUGUAGUGCUGUCUACCAUGUCUGGAGAUGAGCUUAGGGCAUCCUUGGAGCAGCUGAUCAAGAUGACAAAAGACAGCCAUAGCCCGGAGGUCCAACAUGGAUCCUUGUUGGCUUUGGGAUUUACAGUAGGAAGGUACUUGGCCAAAGGGAAAAUCAGAACAAUGGAGCUACAUGACAUAGAACAGCCAAACACUUCAGUCAUGCCGGAACAAGAACAACUUAUAAAGUCGACAACAGAGACAAUAGGUUCUUUUUUGGACAGUACCUCUCCCUUCCUUGUGGUGGGUGCUUGUAUGGCUCUUGGAGAGAUUGGCAGGAAUGGCCCCUUGCCAAUCCCCAAUGAAGGAACAGGAUUUACAAAGCUGCAACUUGUUGAAAACUUACUGGCCCGAAUCCCUUCCAGCAAGGAAACAAAUAAGAUGAAGGAACGAGCAAUACAAACAUUAGGUUAUCUCCCAGUGGGAGAUGAAGAUUUCCCCCACCAGAAACUACUGCUGCAGGGUUUAAUGGAUUCUGUGGAGGCCAAACAGAUAGAGCUGCAGUUCACUGUUGGUGAAGCUAUUACCAGUGCUGCUGUUGGAACCAGCUCAGUGGCUGCACGGGAUGCAUGGACAGUCACAGAGGAGGAAUAUAUCCCUCCUUCAGAUUUGAAAGUGAAUGACGUGGUGCCCUGGGUCCUAGACCUUGUUUUGAACAAGCACAUCAUCAGUCCCAACCCACAUGUUAGACAGGCAGCUUGCAUCUGGCUUCUGUCAUUGGUGAAAAAGCUGAGCACCCACAAAGCAAUUAAGUCUCAUCUCAAGGAUAUUCAAAGUGCAUUUGUUUCAAUUCUGUCAGAUAGUGAUGAGCUUAGUCAAGAUGUUGCUUCAAAAGGUCUUGGGCUGAUAUAUGAGCUAGGAAGUGAACAGGAUCAGCAAGAGCUAGUCACUACGCUCGUUGAUACCCUUAUGACUGGGAAAAGAGCCAAACAUGAGAUGACUGGAGAAACUGUGGUAUUUCAGGGAGGUCUGAGUAAAACCCCAGAUGGUCAAGGUCUUUCCACCUAUAAGGAGCUUUGUUCACUGGCUAGUGACCUCAAUCAGCCAGACCUGGUGUACAAAUUCAUGAAUCUGGCCAACCAUCACGCCAUGUGGAAUUCUCGGAAGGGAGCAGCUUUUGGUUUCAAUGUGAUAGCUGCCAAGGCUGGAGAGCAGCUGGCUCCAUUUUUGCCCCAACUUCUUCCCCGGCUCUACCGUUACCAGUUUGACCCCAACCUGGGCAUUCGGCAGGCAAUGACCAGCAUCUGGAAUGCCUUGGUCACUGACAAGUCUAUGGUUGAUAAGUACAUGAAGGAAAUUCUUGAGGAUUUGAUCAGUAACUUAACCAGCAGUCUUUGGAGGAUCAGAGAAUCCAGUUGUCUAGCACUAAAUGACUUACUAAGAGGAAGACCUUUGGAUGAUGUCAUAGACAAGCUUCCAGAGAUUUGGGAAGUCCUUUUCAGAGUGCAAGAUGACAUUAAGGAGACUGUGCGAAAGGCGGCAGAAUUAGCCCUAAAAACUUUAAGCAAGGUCUGUGUGAAAAUGUGUGACCCCUCUAAAGGAGCAGCAGGUCAGAAGACAAUAGCUGUGUUGCUCCCUUGCCUCCUAGACAAAGGAAUAGUAAGCACAGUUGCUGAAGUCCGGUCUCUCAGCAUUAACACGCUUGUGAAGAUCAGUAAAAGUGCUGGGUCUAUGCUGAAACCUCAUGCACCAAAACUUAUCCCAGCCCUGUUGGAAUCCUUGAGUGUGCUGGAGCCUCAAGUCCUCAAUUAUUUGAGUUUUUCUGCAACAGAUCAAGAGAAAACUGCAAUGGAUAGUGCCAGACUUAGUGCUGUCAAGUCAUCUCCCAUGAUGGAAACCAUUAACAUGAGCUUGCAGUAUUUGGAUGUGUCUGUCCUCGGUGAGUUGGUCCCUCGGCUGUGUGAACUGAUCAAAAGUGGAGUCGGCCUUGGCACAAAGGGGGGCUGUGCCAGUGUAAUUGUGUCAUUAACCACACAGUGCCCUCAAGACUUAACACCUUAUUCAGGCAAACUUAUGAGUGCUUUACUUAGUGGCCUGACUGAUCGCAACAGUGUGGUACAGAAGUCUUUCGCCUUUGCUAUAGGGCAUCUAGUCAGGACUUCCCGAGACAGUAGCACUGAGAAGCUGCUGCACAAACUCAGCAGCUGGUACAUGGAGAAGGAAGAGCCAGUUUACAGAGCAGGCUGUGCUUUAACUGUGCAUGCUAUGGGACGCUACAGCCCAGAUGUACUGAAGAACCAUGCCAAGCAGGUGCUGCCAUUGGCUUUUCUUGGGAUGCAUGAAGUUCCUGAAGAAGAGAAAGGAGAGAAAGAGAAUUCUACUCUGUGGACUGAAGUUUGGCAGGAAAAUGUACCUGGUACUCAGGGUGGGAUCAGACUGUAUUUGCAGGAGUUAAUAUCCAUCACCCAGAAGGCUCUGCAGUCCCAGUCCUGGAAGAUGAAAGCUCAGGGAGCAGCUGCCAUGGCAUCAAUUGCCAAACAGACCGGCUCCCUUGUACCGCCACAUCUGGGAAUGGUGCUCUCUGCACUGCUGCAAGGCCUGCCAGGGAGAACCUGGACUGGGAAGGAGGAGCUGUUAAAGGCCAUUGCCAGUGUUGUUUCUGCGUGCAGUGCUGAGCUGCAGAAGUCAGUGCCAGGUCAACCCACCAUCACAGAUGUUGUCCAGGCUCUCCUGAAAGAAUGUCGUAAAGAAAACCUGAAGUAUAAGAUGGUGGCACUGCGCUGUGCAGCUGGGGUGCUGCAGGCAACAAAGGAAGACCGGUUCCAGGAACUUGCUGAUAUCAUCUUCCCCAUGAUAAAGAAGAACUCUCUGGAGAGCAUGGGAGCAGCUUUUCCAAAGCAUGAUGAAGAGGAUGAGGACAUGAGGGAGAAAGAGGUUCAGAUGGAGUCCCUGAUCUGUGCCUUCGAGACCCUGGGCAAAGCCUGGCCGAGGAGCCUGGAGACACAGCGUUGCUAUCGCCAAGAGUUUUGCAAGUUAAUGUGUGACCGUCUGAAACUCAGCACAUGGAAAGUGCAGCUUGGAGUGCUACAAGCCAUGAAUGCCUACUUUCAAGGGCUAAUGCUGUUUGAUGAGGAGCACUCUGACCCUGUGGCUUUGACAGAAAUACUAUUGGAAACCUGUUCUUCUAUCACCCAUUCUUUAGAAAACAAAAGCUACACAUCCAUAAGAACAGAAGCUUUGUCUGUGAUACAACUGCUGCUCACCAGACUACAAGAAGCUCAACAGUGGGAAAGCCUGACACGGGAAAGCAGAGAGCACCUUGUUCGUUCGUUGUCUACAAUGGCAUCAGAUAGCAGACCUGAGCUGCAAGAGAGGGCAUCUGUGUUGAAGAGAACACUUGAAAAUCUUGACUAAGUUUGUAAAACAUAAAUUUCAAAGUGCCAUGUAAAACAAAAACAAAAAAGUGCAGUGGUCUGAAAACUCAAGUGGGGAAAUGAAGAUUACUCUGUAGGAUGCAUCAUUCCUGGCCAAAAUAAAAAAUGCCUUAAAUUUGUUCCCCAUUAAUAUUAUUUUUACUCUUAAGCUGAUUAUUAGUUGUUUUAUCAGCAAAUACCUCUCAUCUGCCCUAUAAUGUUUGUAAGUGUGCAGCAUAAAAAACACAAGGGCAAGAUUUUUUUUUUAAAUAGGCAGGAGAAUGUUACUCAGACCCCCUUUGUCCUUUAGAAAAAUUGUUGAAAAUCCACCAGCACAGAAAGUUAAACCAUAUUUUGUUUUCACAUUUUUUGUACGUAGAGAUCUGUUAACUGGUGUCUACCCCAGUAGUGCUGGUGUUUGUUAUCUGUAGAGAACAAAAUCCUUCCCUUGAUAAGGCCUGUGUUCGACUCCUGUGGUUUCCCAGGGGCAGAGUUUCAUCUGACACCCACCUCUGCUUCUGCUUGCUCCUCCCUUGCAGCCUGUUGUCUGUGCAUUAUGAAAGGCAGAGUACUGUUAACUUCACUCCUUCCUCCUUCUCUGACCUCAGUAUGGAUUGACCGAGACUAUGCCUUCCCCAGCUGGCAACCUUGGCCUCCCAAACUUUAAAUGAGAACUUUUUCCCCAAAAGGAUGCACAAGAGAGCACUUUACUGAGCUGUGUGGGACAAAGUUGAGCCUGCUUGGUACCCAGGUGGAACACUGCUCUUCUCAAAAUUGUUUUGCAUGGACACUCCUUAGCUCCAGGAAAUA